AUGAAUACACGUCAGUCAUUAUCACGUUCAGCUCAUCAACAAUAUGAUACACCAAUUUCAUCAGACUGUUCUCAAAAUUCUCAUAAGAUAAAUCGAAACUGUCCGCGAAAUAAUCAUAAUAGUAGUUCAAUUCAACACCCUCAAGAUUUAAUUCGAACUGAUCUUCGUAAAAAGCAAUCAAAGCUACCAUUUGAUCAGCAACCUCUAAUCUCGCCUAGACAGCUUCUUCUCAUUCGUUUCGUCAUUUUCGUGAUCGUAUGUUGGAUAUGUUAUUACGUUUUUCUUUCGUUAUACCCGAAACCGAAACGAAGCACUUGGAAACAACUUUGGCAUGGCGUGGUUAAUUGGUUGACAGUGGCGUAA